AUGGACCUCCCCAGCUGCUCUCCAGUAUCGUCACUUAGUGAGUACUGGCUCAUUUUGCAUCUCCUGGUGAGCUUCUUCUUGGUCGCGAAUGUGCGCUGGAGCCGCAUCAUGAUUCAUAAUCACGCCUGCAAUAGCAGAGAGGUCCCUGCUUGUUGCUGUCGAAAAAAGCCGCACCAAGUUCCACCUUGGGACAACACGGAAGCAAGAAAUAGUCGCGAGAAGAAGCUGGAAUUGGUGGAGAAGACCAAUGGGGAUGCCAAGGCAGAUGAGCUUUCGUUGCCGACUCUGGCCUUGUCCUUUGAAACAGCUCGUGCUGAUGCGCGACUGAAGAGUCUUCGGACCGAGUAUGCAACUUAUCUACAGAUGCUCAAAGUUGGCCUCCCCCGAGUUAUUGUCGACCACAAAUUACGUGCUGAAAACAAGGACCCGAGUGUGCUGGACGAGCUGAUCCGAACGACGUCACGUGUGAAAAGAAUUCCAGCUCCCAUCCAGAUUCCACCGAUGGAAGAUGUGGUAGGGAAUGACGAUCCGGAGCAUACGCAAAAAGUCGAGUCGUUCAAGCGGAUGAUCAAGGUUGGCGUCCCCCGUCAUGUUGUCGAGCUGAAGGCACGAAAAGAAGGUGUGAACUUGACCGAAUUAGACGCACCGAGUCGUUCUGGCUCUGGUGUCGUGCUCAAGUGUGUUGUCGAUGAUGCUCGUCUGCUCACGCAUGCAGACCUGACCUCUCGAUCCAGACGUUCCAGUGUUAGCUCAAUUGUGUCUACUGCACCCUCGACACCUGAUGCAUUGGCAGCACGGUCUGCCUCGAUUAUUAGUAGCAAAGACGGCCGCGACUUGGCAAUGAUGGCUCUUCGUAAGAUGAACAACGGGACACGCAAGAAGCUCCAUUGGUCCACGACCCCGUACACCGAGACUGUUGUCCUCGCUCAACAUCGACACUCGCUAUGGAGCCAUAUUCACGUGAAAGCUCCACAAGAUGGCGUGUGUAUUUCCAAUGAAAGUCGAAGGUGGAUGGAAAAGCUCUUUGUCAAGGUGGUUGCCAAAGCAAAAGCUGUUCGACGACAUAGUGUUGCGAGUGGAAAGGAAGACGCAUUCUUACAGAAACAAGCCUUGACGCAGUACUUGGAAGACGUGGACACACGCGAGCGUGCGAACUCUUCGGAUCCGGUCUUUUCCGAGGACGAUGACCUAGACGACAUGGAGAGCGAACUGGAGCUGAGCGAAAGCGGUUUCGAGCAGAACAAGACGACAAGUCCUGGUAGCGCCUUCCUUCGACGCAAGAUGUGUGUCGUGCUCCUCGAUCACAAAAAGUCCCAGAAUAUUGCAAUCGUCCUUGCUCGGGUGAAGCGCACGUUUCCAGAGCUGACACGCCAAAUCUUGACUCUCGAUUGCGACGUCUUGUCGAGUCCAGCGUUGCAGUCACUUAUUGACAUGUGGCCUGACAGUGCUGAGCAAGAGGCCAUUGACAGUUUUGGUGGCGACAUCUCAAGUCUAGCGACAGCUGAACAGUUUCUGAUGGUAGCUCGCACUGUUCCUAGGGCACAGCAGAAGCUGCGCUGCCUCCAGUAUAAGAUGGACUUCACCGUGCGGGUCGAAGAGCUCCGCACCAGCUUGAAGCUGCUGACAUGCGGGAUUCAACAGGUGUGCUCCAGCGACCAGUUUGCUGGCGUGCUCGAAUACAUCUUCCACUUAGGAAACCUGCUGAACUUUGGAGAAGGGGUGGAGUACACCAAAUGGGUGAAAAGCAUUAGCAUCAGCUCGCUCGCCAAGCUGUCGUUCACAAAGGCUUAUGAUGGGCGGAUCUCGUUCUUGCAGUAUGUGAUCCAGUCGAUCGAGCGCGAUGAGCCGCACCUUGCACUGUUCAAAGAUCAGCUCUCUCUUAUCUCCAAGUGCAGUAAACUGUCCAUUCAGAGCCUCAUCGCCGAAUACCAAUCACUCAAGGAAGGUCUUCGCAUGUUUGUGCACGAGACACAAAAGAUGGCAGUGAUACAAACUGAUGACGACAAGCUGCGGGUAGAGUUGGCAGUCUCACAAAAAACAAUGCGGCUGUACGCUCAAGAAGCUGAGCAUAUGCUGAACGGCGUGCAGGACCUGGUUGACCAACUGGAGCAGGAGAGACGUCACUUUCUGAACUACUUCGAAGAAGAGGAUACCUUGCCAAUCGAUGAACUAUUGGGCUACAUCGCCAAUUUUACAGAGGAGUACACACGUGAGCGACGACAACUCAUUCUUCGUGCUCGUCAGGCACAACAGGUUAAUCAUCUGCGUUCAGCAUCGGUGAACAACCUCUCUCGAAUUCGUCAUAGUUUGUAG